AUGAGGGUGCUCUUGCUCCUCUGCUCUACUCUAGCAAACUACUCUUUUGUUUCCCCGCCCAUUGCUGCGAAGACGCCGAUUAGCCUCGUGGUCUAUGAAAGAACAAAUACGGAUAUGCUUCCUCAGGAGUCUCCAACGUGUGGUUCAAAGUCUAUAACCUGUCCAGGAUAUACGGAUCCUGCCUCUCAAGUAAUCUCGUCGUCUACUUGUGUCUAUACAUAUCCCUACACUGCAUCAUCUGCCUCUUCACCUAGCACCUGCACUAUUGAUAGUGUGAGUAUUCCCAUUGCUAAUAAGGUUGAUGGGUACAUAGACUAUCUUCCUCUGCUCCACAAUACGUCGUUCUUUGACACGGACGAAAGUUACAGUAGUAUGUACGCGUCUUUUAAAACGUAUGAAGUCAACGGAAAGACGUAUGCAAACGUGAGUGAGCUGCCCAUCUAUGGCACCGCUAUCUCUCCGUCUGGGAGAAUAGCAGCAUGCUACACAGCCAACAGGGUCACUGUCUACUUCGACCAGGAUACGUCUUCAAGCAACUUUAAAGUUCUCUCAGGAGCAGACCUAUUUCCAACUGAAAUUCUCCCAGGAGAGAUGACCGUCAUGUCAGUUGACAUCUCGGAUGAGUUUCUUAUCAUCAUGUUCGGCCAAACCAAUGGUGGGUCCCAGAUUGGCUUUAGAAUAUUUGAAUUAAACAUAACCGAAAGUACAUUGGAUAAAAAGAUUAAGCAAUUCUCUGUUAAGACCAAGACAACAGACAUGCUAUUUCGUGGGAGCACCAGCGGGACAAAGAUAGGGUCAUUCACUGCAAACAGCUGUCAUAAAGGGAGUGUCGCCCUGGACAAGGUAGGCACAAAAGAAUACAUCCUGGGGGCAAUAGUAACUUGUCCAAACAGUAGCUAUACGCACAACUUCAUCUUUACGGCCACAAACGUUGGGACCGCGUUUGCCUUUGUCCUAAAGAAGGAUGGCACCUGGCUGGGUCAAACCACACCUCUGCUCCUUGUCCCCGACAUACCCUCAGACGCUCCACUGACAGAAAUAAUGAGGAAUUACCAAUUUACUACAGCAGCCAUUCAAAACGGACGAGUGUUUCUUUCUGGAGGAAGCCAGGUGUUAUACUACACAUUUCUGAGCUCUGGUGACUAUGGUAGCCUUCAGGGUAAGACAAAGACCCUGAGCUCAAUCACUGUUUUUCAAGACAACGCUUCUCCGUUGACGCCUGGCCCGGAACCAAGGGACAGAACGUCAACCGUUGGUCCAGCAAUGACCUUCACGUACAACAACACCUUCCUCGUUGGAAUAGACUCUGGGCAAUCUCCUGCUGUCGUUUUGGAGUACAAUCUAAGCGAUUCCACAAACGUAGUCAAACUGGGAGCUAUCGUUAACAUGUCCACUCCUCAUAUAUUAUCCCCCCUGGGAUUUGGGCUAGAUAGCGUGGCCAUUAUAGACAAUCAAGAUAGAAGUCAAGUGAGGUUUGCUCGUCUUCCGAGCGCGCAACCAGUUACAGCCGACACAGUGCUCUCCACGACCUCCACCAUUGAGUGGAUGACCAUUACAGCACCUACCACCGUAGAAACAACAGAAGAAGACUCAGACUUUCAGGUACAGUCAGAUAAGAUUAUUCCCCGGUCGAGAAGGAACCUUGUCUCCCUCUCCUACAGCAAUGGCCGGAUCGUUGCGUUUAAUCCGACCAAUAUCAGAACUCAAACGCUAUAUCUUGGAAACCUAAGCAUGUACAGUGUUCUUGUCGGCGAUAAACUUCCAGAACUUGAACUCAACACAAGUACAGCUUCUGCGGGUAGUAAUAUCACCAUCACGUAUAACACUUUAUUUUCAACUACCUCACCACCCAGUGGAAGCGGCACAGACUCGGCCAAGUGCUUGCUAUUCAGUUUGCAAUAUACUGGCAGCAACAUCGGUCUUUUGCCGAGUGAUAUCUCUACUAAGUCAUAUACCAGCACUACAUCAGCUAAUGCUGGUACAUACCUCUCAUGUGUGUACACGUUUCAGGUCCCUAUAUAUGCACACAACUACCAACUGGGCCUGUAUUCAGCAGGAGUAUUGGUUGCAACUGGCAACCUUUCUGUCACUCCCACUGAGCAAACUACUGUCAACGCGGUGAUAUUCAACCCGUCUAUACUACGAAAAGAUCGGCAACUCAGUGUCUCGGUCAUACCCGGAGACAAGUACGGAAACAGACUAGUGUUUGCAGACACUCGCGCGGCUGCUUCUCUACCGAACUGUGACUUUUUCAAGCUUAUAGUGUACAACAUCUCACAGUAUCCCGAGGACGUUGAUUACUCUACCGUUAGUAGCGCGCAAGGACUCGACGAGGUGGCAGAGCUACACUUUGUCAAAAACGGGACACAUUAUUGCACAACAAAACCGGUUGUUAUUAAUGCCCAAGGCCAGUACCUCUUCAAAUUGACAGAUAAAGAUGACCAUGACCUGGAGCUUUCUCCAAGCGUUAUGCAACAAUUGGUGACGUGGGUGAACGAGCCAGCGGGGCUUAACCACCCAAAAAUGGCGUGGGGAGUACUUGUUUUGGCGAUUGCAUUACUCACGCUGGUUAUCUUCAUUGUACCAUUCCUCCUGUAUAGGUUUUUCAACAGGCCUCCGGAGACUAUCUUCAAAGGGUCUUACGUGUCUGCAAAUAAAGGGGCGACCAUAGAAGAGCGCGAGGCCAUGCGCAAAAAGUACCAGAAUGCAACCCUGAGUACAUCUGGCCAGAGAGUAUUGUCGGGAAUCCCGUUACUUUCUGUCCUUAGAAAUGAGCUGGGAAAGAAUCUGUUAGCAAAAAACACAGACGAAGCAGCAGCAUCUAUAUCUGUUGUUGAUGAGCCCAACAAAUCAAGUUCUGCAUCAUUCACGGCUAAGUUCGCAAGACAACUCCAUGAGAUCCGCUCUACAAUCUCACCGAAUGUAAUCAGCCAGCUCCAAUCUGUGAGGAAAUACAUUAGUACCGGCGCAAAUCAGUACGCUAGUACUGAUGAUUGUUCUGGUUGUAGUAAGUGGACGCAAGAAAGCGGGACCUUUUUCAUAUACACAUUUCCCGCAAUGGUAGGAGAACCCCCCGAGCCUGCCCUUGUUUUCGCAUCUGAGUUUUCUUCUGCUAAUGUGGUAGAAACAUAUGUAGACCAGCUCACUUUAUGGACGUUGUUGCCAGAUGUAGAGGGCCGCCUCGCCAUCAAGGGGAUCUUUACCUACGAAAACAAACCAAUUGCAGGCAAUAAGUGUGAUGGUAUUCAAUCAGUCCUCAAUGCAAUAUCUUUGACCUCCUCGCACUUCGUCAUAGUGCUAGCAGAACCAGCCUCACUCUUGAGCAGCCCAUCCAAGGCCGAUGUUCAGUGUGUUGUUCACGCUCUCAGAGCAGCCAUAUUCAACUGCAUCCCGUCCAGGGGGCUUGGAGGAGCUGUCCCUUCGUCCCUUUGGAGAGACCGGACAGGAGCUGCCAAGCUCGGCCCGCCAACUAUUAUGAGCAAGGCCUAUAUGCUCCAGGGACUUUCAAGCGAGAGUUCUGCCGACUACGAAUUACGCUGUUUGAUUGUAGCGCUAGUAGUCUUGUCGUGUGUUCCAGCUGUGGAUUACAGAGAGGCACUUGAGUGCAAGAUCAACAGUGCAGCGAUCAGAAACCCUUAUCUCGCUGGCUUGUACUCCCAAAUCCAAUCGGUAGGAUGGGCAACCCUGCGUGCUGAGACAGAGUAG